AUGAAGCUUUACACUAUCGUUCAGCUCCUGACUCUUGUGACUACUGCUCUGGCUGGUGUUAUCGCAGCGGACAAACGCAAUGAUAUCUCCUCCACUCCUUGUGAGGCGGUUGCUCCUACGACAAUCACGGUGAUGGCAACCCAGAAUCAAAUACAGAUCGAGACUACCACCGAGACUCAAGUCACCACAAUCACCGCCCAGCCUGAUUCCGUGACCGUUGCCCUCCAGGGUCCUGAUGCUAUCUCGUCCUCAUUGAGCUCGGCCUUUUCAGUAGAGUCUCAACAACUCGAAAUCAACAGCCAGUUGGCUCCAAAUAAUCCUUUCAGAUCCCAACAUCCGCUCCCAAGUUCAGCCACUCGUUUCACACGAACGCUCAUCGUCCCGGUGAUCGAAGCCACUAAGACGUUCGCAGCCAGUGGGCAGACUUCUGCAACAGACGUCUACUUUAUUGGCGAGAAUGAUGGAACUACAACUUGGUUGUCAAAUCUCAUUCCACAUGAAAGCAUGACUAUCGGCACUACCACAGUCACAUUGUCUCCUGUCCCUUCUGUAUCCACUAUCCGCACGGUUCGGUCGAGGGUCACUGAAUCGGCUACUCGCACCAACACUCUGACCAUGACAGUCGAACGACCAAACGCUGUGGCGUCUGCGAGUGUGGGUGGCUUCGGUGGCGUUGGAUAUCAAGGCUGGAACACUUCUGCAUCGGCUCUGGCUCCGGCUUCAACAUCAGCACUUUUGAUGGACGGAGGAGGUUCAGGGGUGCUAUCAUCAUUUCAGGUGGUCACCACUCGUCAAAGCUCUGCCAUCAUUACCACGACUGUGCAAGUUUCUGGCUCUGCGACAAGCCGAGCUCUGCCAACCAACGCUUAUGGAUCAACUGCGAACAUCACAUUCCCUACCGCUGGUUAUGGGUACGAGAAGCGCUCCGAUGUAGAUGGUCGUCGACGUGCAGUUUGCGAAUGGAUCACUGCAACCAUGCGCGGAACGCCUGUCUCAUGGCCGAACAACUAUGAUGGUAGCAAGACCGUAAAUUGUGCAACUUUUACGUCGUCUACUCAACAAUCUCAACCCGCACUACCUCCUACCAUGGUCACUGUCACCGUCACCAGGGGAGAGAUGCCAUCAUCGGACGAAAAUCCAGCAUCGAGCUCUGCUCCUGCAACACAGACAAUCGUGCCCGUUUCAUCAACUUCUACUAGUGCUGCUCCAGCUGCGGCAACUUCUUGUGGUGUUUCUGGUGAUUUCACUCUUGACUUCGACACUUUACCUCAGUUCUUUGCACCAGACAAUGAUACCGCGCCAUUCCCUCCAAUCUUCAAUCCCUACCGACACCUGUUCUUCUCCUCUGGUUGGGCAUAUGUUCCACCCCCCACAACUCCUGUUGUGCCUCAGAAUGGAAGUCACCUAGCAGUCUACGUACCUUCCGCAUCUGAGACCAACAGCUCCGUCUCACAGUCACCCAAUGCAGGUGACGUGCCGCCUGGCUCUUUUGGUGCUGGUCCUCGUGCUUACGACAACGCAUACUGGUUCGACGCAGAGACAUUGUAUGUCUUCUGUGACAAUGGAGCAGAGGACCCAGCUGUAACCUGCGACGUUGUAGUUACAGCCUAUCAAUGGGACGAGGAUACGCAGUCAGAAACUGUUCUUGCAACUCAGCAUUUUCCACAGCCACCAUGCCCAGGCUACAAUAACUGUCGAACUAAUGAAAUCUUCCUCGAUACCCAGUUCCGCGGGUUGAGCAGUCUGAGCUUGUACGCCAUCGUCGACGGCAAGCAGAAGAUGUUCUUCAUUGACACUGUUCAGUUGUCGUGGUGGAACAACACCUGCGAGGCUGGUCGUCGUCGUGCAAGUCAGAUAUGA